AUGGCCAUCGACAUGAUCGGCGCCCUCGUUCUCGUCCUCUUCGCCGUCGCCGUCCGCUGCGAGGGAGGGGCGCUCUAUAGAAACAUCCAAACGGCGAUUCAGAAAGAGCUCAACGUCUUCCGAGAACUAAACGGGCUGGAAACGGACCAGAUAUUGCUCUCGGGCAAAAAGGGCCCUCUUCCCUAUCGCGAGACGGACAGGAUCAACGAAUCCACGUGCGGGCGAAACCUCAAGUCCUGCCUGACGACGACGUUUCUCAUGCACCACCAGCUGCUCGGCAUAGACGACGUGUCCUUCAACAUCAGCACCUUCAUGGAUGCCAAAACCACGACGGAAGAGUACCCGGCGCGAAUCUCCAUCAAGCAGACGAGGUCCGUCAUGUACCAGACGACCAAGGGCUGGCAGGUUACCGUCCAGGCCUCGCCCUACCUCAAGAAGAGGGGCGGCGGGCCCAAGAUCCGGCCGGGAAUCUCCCAGGACGUCGAGGCCAAGUACUUUCGCGGCGAAGCGACGCAAGCGACGGUGGCCAAGGAGUACUCGCUUCAUCACGACUGCCCUCCGCAGUCGCACUGCGCCAUCAUCACCCUGACCUUUCACCUCGUCAUCAAGGGCACCUGCCGCAUCGUGCCCAACAUCAUCUGCAACGGCAAGCGGCUCGACGCCUGCGCCGGCUUCGGCAUGACGAGGAAGAACGAGACGGGCUGCUACUACACGGACACGCCCAACGCCGCCGGCGUCGGGGGCAAGGGGUACCUGGAUUCGAAGCAGAUACUCGGCUUCGAGUACGACUGGGAGACGUGCGACCAGUGCGACCAGUACUACCAGUACCGCAAGGGCAAGUGCCGGGGAAGGGCCCGCUAUCUCGUCAAGCCUUGCGAGAUUCAAACCGUCGUGCUCAAGGACGACUGGACGCCGCACACGCACACCAUCUUCGAAAGCAUCGGCGUCGGCGAGCUUUCGGCCAAGAAGAAGCGAAGCACGGCACCCGGCUGCGGAGAGACGGACAAGAGGGUGUACGUCGAGCCUCUUGUGAGGGACUAA